GGGCUCCGGCGCGCGUCUCCCGCCGCCCGCGUGGUGCGUUCCGGGGCGGCCCCGGCGGGAGGGUGAGGGCGGUGGCGGUGGCGGCGGCGCAGUCUGCACCAUGGCGUACCCCGGGCACCCUGGCGCCGGCGGCGGGUACUACCCAGGCGGGUAUGGAGGGGCUCCCGGAGGGCCUACGUUUCCCGGACAAACUCAGGAUCCACUGUAUGGUUACUUUGCUGCUGUAGCAGGACAGGAUGGGCAGAUAGAUGCUGAUGAAUUGCAGAGAUGUCUGACACAGUCAGGCAUUGCUGGAGGAUACAAACCUUUUAACCUGGAGACUUGUCGGCUUAUGGUGUCAAUGCUGGAUAGAGAUAUGUCAGGCACAAUGGGUUUCAAUGAAUUUAAAGAACUCUGGGCCGUGCUGAACGGCUGGAGACAACACUUCACCAGUUUUGACAGUGACAGGAGUGGAACAGUGGACCCUCAAGAACUGCAGAAGGCCCUAACCACAAUGGGAUUUCGGUUGAGUCCCCAAGCUGUGAAUUCAAUUGCAAAACGAUACAGCACCAAUGGCAAGAUCACCUUUGAUGACUACAUCGCCUGCUGUGUGAAACUGCGAGCUCUGACAGACAGCUUUCGAAGACGGGAUACUGCUCAGCAAGGUGUUGUGAAUUUCCCAUAUGAUGAUUUCAUUCAGUGCGUCAUGAGUGUUUAAAUCAAGAGGAAGCUGCAUGAACAUAACCGACAUUCCGACUGGAGUCCUCUUUUGCCUUUGCCUUCAGUAACGUGUGUAACUUGCAUCACUGCUUUUCUUUAAGGGCCGUCAUAAAGGUUUAUUACUUUAUGUACAACUGAAGUAUUUAGUAUUGAUAAUAAAUUCUUUGGAAUUUUACUAAUACAAGAUCGGGUCUCUUAUACCAUUUAGAACUUCGUUGAGCCAUUGUCAGUGAUGCCUUAUUUUGUUGCUGAGCCUCUUUUAUGUAAAUUUCAGCAUGCAAAAUGUUUAAGGCACAUUAUGUAUUUUUCAUUGUAAGAUACUUUAAAAUCUUCCCAUCAGACUAUAUUGUUCUUAUCUUUCCUAGAAGAGAUUUUACAUGGUAUUGAAGGCCUUAUGUGUGGAGUAUUCUUAUCAUGUAAAUGAUUUAUACCCUCUUGGAUGCAGGAAAAAAAAAAACAACGAAAAACCAUGAUAAUCCAUGUCAGGCUUCACCUUAGUGGAAACUUAAGAACAGGCUUUAAGGCUUACACAUUUUUGAUGGCCACACAAUUGGACAGGGAGCAUGAGUGAUUAUUUUCUGCCUCUUUAACACCUGUUGAACCAUUUGAGUGGCAAAUACUAUCUGUCACCAAGUUUUUUUGUCAUCAUCCACCUAGACCUUUAUUAACUGCACUUAAAAAUCUUGUAAAUUAUGGGCUUAACUAUGUAAAAAAAGAAAACUGAUGGAAAGAAACCUAAGGGAAUGUAUGAAAAUAUUAACUAUGGUCAUUUUUGGCUUAUGAGAUUCUAGGUGACUUGAAUUUCCUUGAUAGAUUUUAGUAUUUUCCAAGUUUUCUAUAAUGUGUGUGCUUUCCUUCUAAAAUCAGAAGAUAAUUUUUAAAAUAUUGAUAGAUCCAUUUUGAUAGGCCACGCAUUCACACUCACAUUAUAAAAUAUACACAGAAAAAGGACUGGAAGAGAGACCAAGAUAUUGAUGUUGCUACCACUGGCAGUCAGGGUCAUGAGUUCAUUUUCUUCCUUCUUACUAUUGUUCCAAAUAAUCUCUGAUAAGCAAGUAUUGCAUUUAUAAUGGAAGACUUUUUUUUUAAUUUUUAAACCACGUGCUUUUAAGUAGGAUCUGGAGUCCAAUACCGGCUGUGUCUCUUCCUGAAUAUGUAAAUUAAUCAUCUCAGAUAAUCUCAGAGCCUCAGUUUCCCCAUCUUUGCAAAGGAGAUUAAUACUCCAUGGGAUAGUUCUGAACAUGAAAAAGUGCAUUGGUUUAAUAAGCACCAAUAAAGUUUCCGUUUCUUGGAUUUAAA